UAACGUGUCCUGCGAGUGAGGCGCGUCGCAAAAGGUCGCGGCGGAACUUCCCUGCGCUUUUCAGACCAUACGCUUUACGGUACUAGGCAUUGCUGAGCUGGGCGAUGUCGGCAGCGGGUUGGGAGGAACCGUGGGGUCCUCCCGGCGGCUUUGCGAAGCGGGUCCUGGUGACCGGCGGUGCUGGUUUCAUUGCAUCACAUAUGAUUGUCUCUUUAGUGGAAGAUUAUCCAAACUAUAUGAUCAUAAAUCUAGACAAGUUGGAUUACUGUGCAAGCUUGAAGAAUCUUGAAACCAUUUCUAACAAACAGAACUACAAAUUUAUACAGGGUGACAUAUGUGAUUCUCACUUUGUGAAACUGCUUUUUGAAACAGAAAAAAUAGAUAUAGUACUACAUUUUGCUGCGCAAACACAUGUAGAUCUUUCAUUCGUACGUGCCUUUGAGUUUACCUAUGUUAAUGUUUAUGGCACUCACGUUUUGGUAAGUGCUGCUCAUGAAGCCAGAGUGGAGAAGUUUAUUUACGUCAGCACAGAUGAAGUAUAUGGUGGCAGUCUUGAUAAGGAAUUCGAUGAAUCUUCACCCAAACAACCUACAAAUCCUUAUGCAUCAUCUAAAGCAGCUGCUGAAUGUUUUGUACAGUCUUACUGGGAACGAUAUAAGAAACCUUACGUUAGAAAAAAAUCUCUUCCCUUUGACCUUAAGUUUCCAGUUGUUAUCACAAGAAGCAGUAAUGUUUAUGGACCACAUCAAUAUCCAGAAAAGGUUAUUCCAAAAUUUAUAUCUUUGCUACAGCACAACAGGAAAUGUUGCAUUCAUGGGUCAGGGCUUCAAACAAGAAACUUCCUUUAUGCUACUGAUGUUGUAGAAGCAUUUCUCACUGUCCUCAAAAAAGGGAAACCAGGUGAAAUUUAUAACAUCGGAACCAAUUUUGAAAUGUCAGUUGUCCAGCUUGCCAAAGAACUAAUACAACUGAUCAAAGAGACCAAUUCAGAGUCCGAAAUGGAAAAUUGGGUUGAUUAUGUUAAUGAUAGACCUACCAAUGACAUGAGAUAUCCAAUGAAGUCAGAAAAAAUACAUGGCUUGGGAUGGAGACCUAAAGUGCCUUGGAAAGAAGGAAUAAAGAAAACAAUUGAAUGGUACAGAGAGAAUUUUCACAACUGGAAGAAUGCAGAAAAGGCAUUAGAACCCUUUCCGGUAUAAUCACCAUUUAUAUAGUCAAGACAGUUGUCAAAGAAAAAAAUUAUCCUACCUCUACAAGUGGUAUGAAAUUAAGUGACCAAAUGAAGUGCUCUCUUUUCAUUUGAAAUUAGAUUCAUGACUUUUUGUAUAAUAUUCAAAUGCAGAAUGCCUCAAUCUUUGGGAGAGUUUCAGUACUGGCAUAGAAUUUAAAUGUCAAAAUUCUUUCUGAAACCCUUUCUCCUGGAAACUAGGAAAUAAUAGGGGUAGAAGACUCCCCACGGGUAGCCAGGAAGAAGUCUCCUGGUUCUGACAACCAUGAGGGGUCAUGGUGCUAGGCGGAUGGCAACCUUCACUGGUUUUGAGCUCAGUCAGCUUCCCAGCCUUUCCCAGUGUCUAAGAAAGUCUCUGAAAUGUUCGUUUUUAGGCAAUAUAGGAUGAGUCUUAUGUCCUAAUUCACCUUUUCUUUUUUUAAGAUCUGAUAUACUAUCAUUGCCUUAGUAAUGGAACAAAAUAAAAGCAUAUCUAGCACUUUUUAACUUUUGAUAAUUUUGUAAAAUUGAUUACGUUGAAUGCUUUUUAAGAGAAGAUGUAAAGUUUUUAUAUUUUCACAAUUAACCUAUGUAAAACCUUGUAUCAGAAAUUUAUCAUGUAUUUACUGUUUAAAAUGAUUUUAUUUAUAAAAUUGUCAAUAUCUUAAUGUAUUUAAUGUAGAAUAUUGCUUUUUAAAAUAAUGUGUUUUUAUUUUGCUGUAGAAAAAUUAAAAAAAAUUUGAUUAU